AAAUUAGACGUAGAAGAGCAGAAACCGAUGUUUCCUAUCACCUGGACUGUUACUUCAUAUAAGACCAUUAAAAUUGGAGUUUUUACAUAAAAUGUUACAGACUUCGUUUUAGUCACUGUAGAAGUGUCGACAAAAAUUAUAUGCAACGAUAAGUGAUUAUUAUUAUAAACAUGGAUGUGGUGACUACUAGCUUAGAAGCUCUCAUACAGAGGGUUACAAAUCCACAAAAUCAGAAGCCAGACAUAGCUGCUACUGAAGCAUUUUGCGUGAUGCUUACCAAAGAAUCGGAAGGUAUACAGAUAGGCACAAAGUUAUUGGCAACGCAUAUCCAAUCAGUUAACGAGUCAGAAGCACUGCAAGCACUUUCAUUACUAGAUACUUGUAUGAAGAGAUGUGGGCCAUUAUUUCAUGCUGAAAUUGGUAAAUUUCGUUUUCUUAAUGAGAUGAUAAAACUCGUCUCACCGAAAUAUUUAGGCACACGCACUACAGCAAGUGUACGACAAAAAGUAUUGCAACUUCUUUAUACAUGGAUCAGAGAAUAUCCCCGCGAGUCGAAAAUUAAGGAGGCCUAUGAGAUGCUUAAGAAACAAGGAGUCAUCGAGGAAGAUGCAGCAUUUAUAAUGGCUAAUAGCGAGGAAAGUCAAAAAGCAUCUAAGAUAAAGAAUAAUAUAUUUGAAAAUGAAGAAAUGUCAAGGCAUCUGCGCAAGUUACUUCAUAGUAAAGAUCCUUAUGAUUUGCAAACUGCAAAUCGAUUAAUCAAGGUCAUGGUAAAAGAGGAUGAGGAAAGACUGCAGUUAAACUCGCGAAGGAAUAUGGAAUUAGAAUCAGUGCAUAACAAUGUGAAACUCUUGUCAGAAAUGCUAGAUUCGUAUAAUCGAAAUGAAACCAGCACGGAGGAUCUCGAAUUGAUGAAGGAGUUACAUCAAGCAUGCGAGCGACUGAAACCUAUUUUAUUGCGACUCGCUAGCGAGACUCAGGGUGAUGUUGAAAUGCUUGGUGAUGUACUAACUGCGAGCGAUGAGUUGAAUCAAGUCUUCGAGAAAUAUACAUCUGUUAUUGUUCUUGGGCAAUCUCCCAAAUCUUCCGCGAUAGAAUCUUCUAAACCAAGCUAUAAUAAUGGAUCAUCUCUCCUGGAUCUAUCAUCUCCCAGUGAAAGUGUUCCCUGCGAGAGCACGGCACAAAGUGCAACGUCGACAAACCAUCGUUCGGACAUGGACAUGUUAGGCGAUAUCUUCAGUGUGUUGGAGAAACCAGUCAAAUCAGAUGCGAAUUUCUUGAUGCCGAAUGCCAUCAUGCAACCAAUCAGUAUUUCGCCUAUGAACAAGAAAAACGAAGUUACUAAUACCGAAGAAAAGAUAGACAGUAAAGCGAAAGCAUUGGAAGAGUUGAAUGAAUUAGGAGAAACUUUACUUAAACAAAGCUUAUCGGGUACGAUUGCUCGUUCGUCACAAAGCAAAGUCAGUAGUAAUAUUGUAAAAACUCAAAGUACCAAUGACUCUGCUCGGAAACAAAAUUGGUCCUAUGAAUCUAGCAAUAAUAUGUCACAACACAUCGCGACAGAACAACCAGAUAAAAAAUGCGAGUCAAAUAGUAAUUUUGACAUUUCGACAUCUUCAAAUUCAUCGAAAAUUAACGCGACUGUUGAUCUGUCGUGUAACAAAAGUAUUAAUUCAGAAAUUGUGGAAACGGGAAUACAGCAGCAAGACGUGACGCAGUUGCUUAACGGUGCGUCAACGAUAGCAGAUGCUGAGCCUGGAAUCAAACCACUGACUGAUAUUAUUGUCAAUCUCGAAGAUAUUAAGCCAAGUGUAAAUCCACCUUUAACAGUGAUUGAGGAAAGAAAUGGUAUAAGUGUGGUGCUUCACUUUACUCAGGACAAUCCUAGACCAGAUGUAUCUGUAGUAGUAAUUACUACAAUGAGCAAAAACGCAAAAUCACUUAAUGAUUAUUUAUUUCAAGCAGUUGUGCCCAAGAAAUGCAAAUGCAGGCUGCAAGCACCUUCCGGAACAAAAUUGCCAGCACAUAAUCCAUUCCUUCCACCAUCUGCAAUCACACAAAUUAUGUUGAUUGCAAAUCCUUAUAAGGAGCCUGUAUAUCUAAAGUUUAUGCUAAGCUACACAAUGGAUGAUGAAACAUUUACAGAAAUGGGUGAAGUGGACAAAUUACCUCAUCUAUGAUCCAGUGCAUCUCUAUUACGAUUUUGAUGCAUUAUUGCACUCGUAUUCGUCGUGCUCUCAG